AUGGUCGCGAGUUAUGUGCUUCCUCAAGAGCCUACUUCAGCACCAGUUGAAGCUACUCUUAUCCUACCUUCGUCUUCAUCUUCUGUUUUGGCAGACAAAACCAAGCAGCGGCAGCAGGCAGCAGUGCUUGAUGCAUGGUUGGCAAUGCAUGGUGAUAAUCUUUACCCUUGCAGGGAAGAAAAAGAACGCUUGGCAAAGGACAUGUCGAUGACAUAUGUUCAGGUUGUUUUUAAAUUAUGA